ACUAUGGUAGGAUGCGAUCCAGCUCAUCUUUGUCCGCUCGUGGUCGCGCUCCCAGCACCGGUGCAAGCCAAAACAGUAGCCUCCCUCCUUCCCGGAUGCCUAGCGUGGUACAGAAAGCCUCGUUUUCUUCACACAGACCCUCUACCGCUCAGCGUCCUGCGGAUCUGAAGAGCAUGUCUUCACGCAUCAGCUUGGACACACCGAAACGUAGCCCUAGUAUCCGGCCUGGCUCUGCCGUGAGCUCACAACAGCAGCAACAAGAGCCGCGUUUCUCGGGAAUGUUCAGCUCCGCCAUGCCGAUGUCUGAUGUCCCCAUCAGUCCUGGUCCACUCUCGCCGCAGCACGCACCUCUCGACACGCCUGUGAUGUUUGUAGCUGCCAGUCUCUUUGAGUUCAACAUUGAUAGGGCGAGACGCGAGGCAGGCUAUCCAUACUUGACAUACGUUGAAGGUGAAGUUUUCGACGUCGUUGCGCAGAAGGGCGAGCUUUGGCUCGCAAAGAACCAGGACGACCCGACUUACUCACUUGGCUGGAUUUGGGAACAGCACUUUGUCAUUUUGUCCCAAGAGUCUUAGGCAGAUUCCAAUGGAUGGAAACCAAUCUUGCUACCUACAUGGCUUAAUCACCAAGUUCGCCCUGGAGGGUGGAAUGUCGCUUGGUCAUGUCGCGACCAGCGUAAAGAUUGCUUCUAUCCUGAUUACUCCCGUGAUCAAGAGCCGCCCAAGUCACCAGUCAAACCUAAGCCAGGACACAUUGGACACCCCGUUCCUCAUCUUUGCCUCAGGGAUACUCGCACGUACUAUUGAAAGUGUGCAUUCCUUCGAUUUCCCUUUGGCAUUAUCGUUAUUGCCUCUCCCGCAUAUCAUUCCAUUCACACUUGUCACCAUAAAUCAUAUCGGACCGGCUCCAUUUUUCGCAUUCGAUUCUCACCAGUCGAUCCUUUUUUCCCCUGAGGAUCUCACCUCAUUGCCCCCAUGUC